CUCGACUUUGAUUUCGGUAACUAAUUGACUUGAUGUACGUAACUGUUUAGUUACGAAAGAUGGGUCUUCAGUCAUGUGCUGACAGCUGCUGACAUUAAUCUGUCCUUAAUAAAUGGACACACAGUUAAAGGUCAAUUAAAGAAAAUUUGAACAUGCAGUUGGAGGCUCAGCUGCGGCUAUACCACAGCUGUAUUACAUUUCGCAAAAGUGCACUACAACUAUUGUACCGUAGCUACACACAAAGAAAAGCUGUGAACUACUAUGACCUGCUGGGAGUCAAAUCAGAUGCUUCUUUGGACGAAAUAAAGAAUGCAUUUUUUGAUAAAUCUAAGAAGCUGCACCCGGACAGCAACCCAUCAAACCCCACGCUGCACAGCCAGUUUGUGGAGCUGAACGAGGCCUACAGGACCCUAAGCAAAGACCUGAGCAGGAAGGAGUAUGACAUCAAACUCCAGCACCCGUACAGUGGACGCCAGGUGUUCAGAUCUGCGUCCAGUCACAGCACCUACAGAAGUUCUGAGGACAACGUUCACUACUGGGAGCAGUUCCAUCACUCCCAGAGUCCCGAGAUGACACCGGAGGAGAAGAAGCAUCGUCGAAGGAGGAAUUUUCGGCUGGUGGCUUAUUGUGUCACUACUAUGAUGCUCAGUAUCGCAGCGCACAUGGUCUUCUUUAAGAAACUGGAAGAGGUUCACAGUAACUUCAUGGAUGAGAAAGAUAGAGUCAUCACAGAAAUCUACAAUGAUGCCAAAGAGAGAGCCAGGGUCAACGGUUUUAGGAAACAGACUGAAAUCCUGCGGCAGAAACACGCAGAGUUUCAGGAAAAAUACAAAAUACGAAAUGGUGGCCACGACAAGUAGAGACGAUCGUCCAGCUGCGCCCCGUGAUGGUGGAGUCUCCAGCAGAGGGAGGACGUGGUGCUAGUUUUAGAACUGUUAAAGCAGAAAUCUGAGUUUUUUUUCUGAAAAGGCACCACCUAGAGGCGGAGAAUGUAUUGCACCCUUGAGCCCCUCUCUCUGCUUCGGUGAUACCACUGCAAGCAACACCCGUCUCUCAUGAACGUACACUUCUUUCUAUUUUUUAUAUUUUCCCUUGACAAACAUGCACUUCUACGAUUAUAACUUUCACGUUAUGCUGUUAAUUAAUUUAUAUAUACAUUAUAUAUAUAUAUAUAUAUACACCUUCAGUUGGUGUAAGAUAUAUAUAUAUAUAUAUAUAUAUAUAUAUAUAUCUUACACCAACUGAAGGUGUAUAUGUAUAUGUAUGUGUAUAUAUAUAUAUAUAUAUAUAUAUAUAUAUAUAUAUAUAUGACACUCAUGCACACCUUCAGUUGGUGUAAGAGUCCAUCUUUUUGCCUUUGAAAAGCAGGUCAAAAGUAAAUUCUUUGCCAGUCUUCGAGUUGCUUUGUGGCAAGUUUAGUCUGUGGGCUUUUCUUUACUUUUGUCUGUGAGUAGAAGCAGACAGUCGUGGGUUUUUUUUGUGGUUGUGAAGGUGAUUGUAGCUGCACCAUGAAUCCACAUUUUUUUGGUAAACAUCUCUCAAACAUUGCUCAGUCUCAGUGCUCCUGCAAACACAUGCGUACGCUUUGUGAUUGACGUCUGUACGUAACUCUGUUGGCUAAUUCUGAGCGGCAGCCAGGUAAAAUUGCAUGUGGCUCUACAGGACGGGGGUGGAGUUAGCAAAAAGAAAAUGUAUGCAUUACUUACAUCAUAACACAAUGCAAGGCAAGACUGUCACUGUUACGGAUUUCUAAAAAUCUCAUGCAUAAUUCCUGAAAGGGGGAAAACUCCUGAUUUCUGACUUUCUGUGCCAUCUUUGUCCUCAGGUAUCCGCCUGACACAGCAGGUUAUGGCUGGGAUGUGUGAGUGUUUGGUCUGAUCACACAGGUGCUGCUACUGGAACUCACAGAGCUGCUCUGUUACAGUCGACGCAUUAACCGACGUGUUCCAGCUGAAGCCUGUGUUAGCUCAAUAUUUAGUAUGUAGUUUACUGUUUUCAGCCUGAAUUCUCUAUGAGGUUUAUGAUGGUUUUUUGUAAACACCAGCAGGUUUCUAAUGAAAAUGAUUAAUCGGUGUUCCAGAGGAUUCUCCAUUAUUGUUCCCCAGAGGUGUGGACUCGAGUCACAUAACUUGGACUUGAGUCAGACUCGAGUCAUUAUUUUAAUGACUUCUGACUUGACUUGAUAAUCUAUAAAGACUUACGACUUGACUCGAACUUGAACACCAAUGACUUGCGACUUGAAUCGACUUGCAUCAGUUUUCUUGAUGAUGAUUUGACCAUAUUUGAUAUUUUAGCACAAAAGUGGCAUGACAUGGACAAAAAUGAAUCAUUCUUACUUCUGGGUUGGAUCUUGUACUGCUAAAUGCAGCAGCACUUUGUUUAUAAUCAGUUUCAGUUGCACUUCCUGCUUGUUUGAGCAAAUAAAUGAAGCUUUAAGAAGUUUUACUUCUGGAAUUUAUUUAUUAUCAUUGUCAUUAAAUUGAAGUUGGACAGAUGACUUGAUUAUGACUUGAAAAUUCAAAGUUAAGAACUUUGACUUGACUUGGACUUCCACAUCAUUGACUUUGGACUCGACUUGGACUUGACUGUCUUUGGCUUGGACUUAAAUCGAGACUUGACUGGAAAGACUUGUGACUUGCAAAGCAGUGACUUGGUCACACCUCUGUUGUUCCCAGAUGAGCUUCAGGCUGUUGAGUUAAAAGCAUGUUUCACGGUUCCAGGUGAAGUUUUAUUUUCAGUUUUAUUUAGGGCCUUCUGCGUUUAUUUGCUGCUUUUCCUUUUGUCCCAUAACUUGUGGUUGUUUUAAACAGAAAUCAUUAAAGACCAUCAUUAUGAGUCCUUUAAAGUGCCAAUUAAAAUUUGAUUUAUAAUCACUUAAUAAAAAAAUUCUGAGACUGUAAAAGCAGACACAUUUAUUAUUUAUGACUAUCUGGGUAUCUAAAGUCAACAUUACCCGAUUUUGCCUCUUUGUUUUCUAGGAUUUGGGAUUGUUGUUGUUGUUUAUCUGUUUCUGAAUGCCUUACAUAGUCCCCAAAGGGAACACCAGAGAGAAAUAAUUAAAAGCUCAACAUUUCCCUCAAUCAUUUACUUCCCGUUUGUGAAAUGCUUGUGUCUGAAAGUUGAUUCUCUUGUGCAGAUCCACGUUUGAAAUCCUUCGUGGUGAAAUUUAUUUCCUCUGCUCGUCAGAGAUAACAGGAGGCUUAGAUAAGUGUAAACAGCAGCUCUGUCAUGAGCAAAAGCUUAGGAGAGUCAGUGCUGCUGUUAUUAAGAUUUAUUUGGUCUCCCUCAGAAAUGCAGACCAUUUCCUAUCAUUUAUGUCUGGAAUUUGUGAAUAAAUGAUCUUUUAAACCGAA